CAAUUAUGCAGCACCAGGGCCAGCACCAUGGUGCACUAGGUUAAUCCUCUGCCUGCAGAGCCAGCAUCCCAUAUGGGCACCAGGUUCUAGUCCCAGCUGCUCCUCUUCCAGUCCAGCUCUCUGCUGUGGCCUGGGAAGGCAGUGGAGGAUGGUCCAAGUGCUUGGCCCCUGCACCCCCAUGGGAGACCAGGAGGAGGCACCUGGCUCCUGGCUUCAGAUCGGUGUAGCUCUGGCCGUUGCGGCCAUUUGGGGAGUAAGCCAAUGGAAGGAAGACCUCUCUCUCUCUCUCUUUGUCUGUAACUCUACCCAUCAAAUAAACAAUUAAAAAAUCUUUUAAAAAAUUAUGCAGCACCGGACUUGAUAAAGAUCCACUUCUUUUUAAUCUCUUGAGCUCAAACACAACACAGGCCAUAUCAGUAUCUCCACAUCUCAUAACAGGGAACCAGGACAGGUGAUGGGGGUCGGGGGACUCUGUGCAACUUUCCCAGGUACAUGCAGCUUCCCUUUAGGGUCUGAACCUUCAAGCACUAGUCCCUGUACUCUCAUCUUAAGAAAAGUCUUUGUCUACCCUAUCAAACUGUUGGGUAGGAAAUGUUCACCACACUGCAAGAUCUGCCUAGCAUCCAACUCUGAUUUAGAGGAUGGCUCUGCACUAUUGAAUGGGAAAACUGGGAUGAAAGUGAGGAACUGCACACUUCCCUGUGGUCUUCUGCCGGUGGGAUGUCAACAGCUGUCUAUUGUCAUACUGUUCCAGGAUCUUGUCUAAAGAGUUUUAGACAAAAAGGAAGUCGGAGGUCAAGAACAUCGACUGUCCAUUCUGCACUGAAGGUCAGAAAAAUCUUUGUCUUGCCAAAGAACAGGAUGCCCCCAACAAAGGAAUCAGUUGAAGCUGCUCCUGAGGACCUGGUGGAAGCGAUUCCAAGAGACAGAGCAGAGGAGGAGGUCACAUCUCUUGGCAAGGUGGACUCAGGAUCCAGUGGACACUUGCCCCUGGAGGAUGCAUGGGAGGAGCUUCCUGGUGACACGGAGGAUAAAGAAACUCCAGAGUACACUGAGGUGAUCUCAAUACGAACAGCAAGUGAUUGGGUCUUGCAGAGCGUUUCGGACUAUACCAGUGACAAUGAAGCCUCUUCAGGCAACCUGGCAGAAUCUGAAAGUUAUCUUGGCAGCGGCGAUCUAGGGCUGUCCACAUGUUCCCUUGACGUUAACUACCCUGAAAGUCUACAGGACAUGGAGGACCUCGAUCAAGAUCAGGAAAUGGAAGCCAACAAACUGGAGCCCAGAGGUGGAGAGGCUGCCAUCGAGCCUGACCUGGAGAGUGAUGAAUGGAUGUUCAGGAUCCACGCAGACAUCUUUAGCUGCUCAGAAGUCUGCAGUGUGGAGUCCUGGCAAUCAGAGGAGCUGGAGUUUCCCACACCAUCGGAAACUUGAACUACACAGGAGACACAACAUCAGCCACAUCCCUCCUCACCAGUCCUCUGCGAGCUUUAUAUUAAAUUCUUUCACCUAGUACUAGUUGAUCUUCACAUGCUUUUCUGUAAAAUAAAUACAUCAUAAGAAAACACCUUUAGCAAAGGCAGAACUUAAUCAGACAGCAGUCACCCUAGGGAGUACCUCCAUCAUCACUCCCUCGAGAGGAAUCUCAUUUGGUCUUCACUGAACAAAGUCACUGCCAGGUUGGCUGUUAAAAUCUGUCCUUACAGUAAUGACUUUCUAGGGUUUUUGUCUCACGUCUGUUCCUUCCUCUGGAAGGGAUCAUGGGGUCCAUCUCACCCAAGAUCUCUCACAAAGACUUGGAUGCCAAUGUUAUUUUUCACCUAAUGGCAGCUUGGAUGGUACAAAGUGCUUGGCUCUUCUUGAGCAUCUUAAAUAUUGUCUUCUUUUUCCUCCCAACCCAGACCAGCUGGAUCAUUUUCAUUCCCUUCUAUGUUACUCAUCCCUGUAUUCUAGAUCUCUGAAUAUUUUUCAUAUAAUUCCAGAUUUUACUAGGCUAUAAAUGGCUUCACUCACUCAAAGUAUGACCCAGUUUUCUGUGAAGGAGGAGUUUGAGAGCAUAUUGUCAUUUCCGGAAACAGUCUGAAUUAUAAUUAUUAGCUUUAGAUCCUUGCAUUGGUUUUUCCUCUUCCAGCAAUCUCAUUCAUACACAUGCAGGUAUUCAACUUCUGGUAUUCCUCUCUCAUCUUCUGAAAUAUUUGGUCAAGCUCCUAUUCUGUAUAUUUCCUCUCUCACCUUCUGUUUCCUGAAAGGCACAGAUCUGUUUGUGUUUCUUCUGGUUUGCAUUUCAUGGGUGAUGUUAGUUUUUCCUGUUUUCCUCCUUCUUUCCUGAGUGUGCCCAUUCAUUUCUGAGCUUCCCUGAUUCUUAGUAUCCUGUCCUUCCAUGCUUGGUAUCAUUGUCUCAACCAUGUCUCCCUCAUCCUGAAAACUACCCCGCCGAGAACACAAAUUACACAAAGAUGGAAGUAUUUUCAUUAUCAGAGAGUACUUUCUCUCUCUUUAUUACUGAUUCCUCCCUCUAGUACUUUUAUAUGGGGACAGGCAUAUUGCCACCAAGAUUCUGGUUUUGUUCCUUUUAAUAGAAAAUUUGGUUUUGGGAAUUCUGCAUGAGCAAUAGGAUUCAGAAAGACUUGUCUUACUUCACAUAGCUUCUCUCAGUUGCUUUUGUGCAAUGCUGAAAAACAUGACACCUGAUUUCUUGGCUCUGCAAUUUACCAUUAUUCCAUAUGAUAUUCGCCUCUGAAAACCCCUUUUUCAACUUUACUGGAUUAUUGCUACUCCAUAGGAAGGCCUGUUAUAUAAGGAAACAAUGGCCCCCAACUUUGCAAAUCUAGAUUUAUAAAAUCCCUUUCUAUGAAGAGUCAGUAUCAGAAUCUCUGAGAUUAUGCAGUUACUUUCUAUGAUGUCUACAAAAUUCUUUUCUCUGAGUGACUGGUUAGCCUGUCUUUAUCAGUCACCAUUUCAUUCAUAGGAUCAUUAAGUUUUAGUUUCUUUUGGUUUCUUUGAAUCACAAAAUUUAGGAGCUUUUUUUAUUUAUAUUUGUGGCAUUUGAGUUUAGAAUUAGUAAUUUUCACUUUACUUUUACAUCAGUCUUAUUUCAGAAAAAUUUGGUUUCAGUUACCAAAAUGUUUUUUAGUUAGUUAGUUUUAGUGAGUGCUAUGCAUUUUGAAUCCCUUAGACUAUCAAACAGGUACAUGCAAGAUCAGGUUCACCUAGGUCCACAACUCCAGCAGAAAUGAGUUUUGCCAAGUUCAAGCAUAAACAGCUGGCUUACCACAAUUCCUUGUGUUUGACACAGAAUGGCCAAGGAUCAUCCUUACUGAUUUGCCCUUGUUGUCCUUAAAUGCACUACCUUGGAAAUAAACUCUCUAAGCAAAAGUACUCUUUGAAUUUUCUUUGCUGAUAUAUAAAAAUUAAUGUACAGGAAAAAACUGUCAUCCAUAUAAUGUCAUGAAUCCAAUUCCUGAGCAAUUAAAGAUUUACACACACACAUACACACACACUACAGGAUGGGUGGCUUGGAAAACAAAAUGAUGAUCUUAUACUCACAAACCAGGAGUUCAUGAAUGAACUCUGGCUCCCUGGAGCCUGGGGAUGUUCUACUGCUCACUGUCCAGGGACACCCAUUGGUGGAAUGGCUGA